ACCGAUACUGCAUCUGGUAGGACCGUUCCCGCGAAGGAUGAUGCCUUCUUCCUGAAAAGGAAUGUGUCAUUUUGUCACCGAACCGUCGAUUGCCUCUCGGUUACUCUGCCCGUACUGCGUAGUGUAAAUCGAGUCUCCGUGGGGAUCUGGGGUAGUCGCCCUCAUUUCGCUCUCUGCAGCCACCAUCAGGCAUCCCCCCAGAAGUCGUGUUCGCGUGGCCCCCCCUCGUCCCAAAUUGAAACAAGGGCGAUGGAACACUUGAUCUUUGCACAAAUUUGGUACCUUUGGUGUGAAAGUGCCUGUUAUGUUGUUUCGCUCGUCAAUCGCGGUUGGCGGCACCUGGGUGCUGUAAUCAUCAAGCGAAGCGCUCGUAUCUUGCUUAUCCGUUUCUACCACCUAUCAUAUCGGAUCACGGAUACGUUCAGAGUGUUAUCAGCUCUACCCCCUGUUGUCGCAGUGGCCGGACUCGCCGAGAAGAUGGAAAUGGUGCGCAACCCCGCGUCAGACGACAAUCUUCUACGCGUUCUCUGUGCAGCUAUCGGGCGUCCUAAGGCGCCAAGGUCGCCAAGGUCGCCCGAAGAUGCUCCCCGUGGUGCCAUGCAGCUCAGAGCUGUCACAUCUUCAGCUCCAUCCCCAACCUGUGAUCGUUCUCAUGCAAUAGAAGCCAUCCUGGUGCCAAUCUGGACUUUCUGUAGGCCAAAAUCAUUCUAGCGCUCUUCUAGCUUCCAUCAGGCCGGCGGUUGUGUUCCUAUUGGCGGAUGUUGGAUGAUAGCUGCUGCUAUGUGAUCUUGCAGC